AUGAGCGACACACCCAGACAGCGGACUGGUGGUUUCCCACAAACCCCAGGAACCGCAGCCCCGAGGCGAAGAGUGCCUCUCAGCCCUUCCGAAUCACCUCCAUCAGCGGCCUCGCGCACCUCACGGCCCUCCCGACUCUCCUCCACCCUGCCACUGGCGCCAGCGACAGCGCAAACGUCGACAGCCGUCGAGCCUCUGAUACCUCUGACCUUCCUCGAUGGCCCGCAGCAGCGAUUCUACGCCGCCGCGGUGUACGUCAUCCUGUGGGCGUGGAAGCUCUACGACUAUGUCGGCUUGAUAGAGGACAACGACAUGUCCGUGUGGCUCUUUUUCAAAUGGGUCUUGAUUGACUUUGUCUUCCUCAUGGGCCUCCCCGAGAUGAGGAUACCUUGGCUCGAGCUCUCCCAGACCACCGUCCUCAGCGUCUGGGCCUUCCACUCGAUCACAAACUGGCUGCUCAUGUUCAACAUCGGCCUGCCCUGGCAGCCGUGGCUCAUUGGCUUCCUCAAGAUGUUCUAUGACCGCGAGAUCUCCGUCUCCGAGCACAGCGUCAAGGUCUCUUCCAUCCUGCACAACCACUCGCUCAUCAUGGGCCGGCAGAUCAUCAACAUUCUUCCCGAGGGGUAA